UCUGAACACGUUAGAAGCAACAUAUUUUUUACAUACACGAAACAGUAGUAUUUUAAAAAUAUUUUUACUUUGCAACUCUAUGAAUUUACCAUGUUUCCAUCUCGCUUGCACGUAUUCCGUCAAAAAGAAGGCAAGCGAGCAGAGCCAAAGGUCCACUGCUAAGUACAGCUCUAUCAGAAGUUACUGCGGUCCAGGGCCGCUUACACGCAUUGCUAAUGUCUAGCGAAAGAAACGCAAACCGUGACAAGAUGACUUCGACAUCGUUCAACGUAGGCCUGAACGACACCGCGCGGCUGUCAAGCCGAGUGCUGCGCCCCCCGGGCGGCGGACACACCGACAUCUUCGGCUCCGAGCCCGAGCCGCCGCGCACCGGCCGCCGUCAAGUACCGCAGGCUGCUCAUAUUUCAGGCCAAGGAGACGAAGUGAAAGCCACCAACGGCACAGACGCGCCAGCUGCCAACGGCCAGGCGUCCACGCCCGAAGCGCCCGCACCAGUGGAGGCUAAAGUUGAGAGCCCAACUAAAGUAGAAAGCCCAGCCAAGAUCGAGAGCCCGCCCAAGAUCGACAGCCCCACAAAGCCAGAACAGGCCAAAAUGGAGCCUCCGAAGCGCGUCCGCGUCCCUCCGGGAGGUUUCUCUUCAGGUCUUUGGUAAAAGCCACGCAAAGAAAAGCUUAAUUUCGUUCGCCAAGAUUCUUAUAGGGCGAUCUGUGAGUGGACGUAAAUGUUGCAUUUUAAAUAGGAUUAUAAUUAUUAGAAAUUAAAUUGAUUUUUUAAUGUGAAACACGUUAGGGUGUCUUGGGACGAUUUUUGUGUGGACAUUUUGUCCAGUUAAGAAUUUGCAGAUUCGUGACCAGGUAGAUACGUUACUAUUCACUGGUCUAAAUUAAACCAUGACGUCACGUUGCACGCAAAUGGACAAAAUAAUGUUAACACAAAAAGGACCUAAGGUAAAUUCUGCACACAUUUACUGAACUGUUAGAGUUUAGUGUGGCACACAAUUGUGUCCACUCGCAGCGCGUCCGCUAGUAUUCGCUAAGAUUCGCUGGGACCACUGUGUUGUUAGGUUUCCUAAGUGUUCUCACUGUGCCUUGUUUCAGCCGAAACCGGAUUUGAUUGUAGAUAAGUUCCGUUGUGUUUUAAGGGAAUGGUCCUGGCGAUUUCUUUGAACUGUAUGUUAAGUCGUUCGCGGUUGUUCACUCCUCGCAGAAAGGGAUUUCCAUUUUUUAUUUACUGAACAAAUGUAUCUUAUGUAGUAUUAUUUACAUACAUACAUUAGGAGAUUAUGAUUUUUUUUUAAUAUUGCAACGUAUUUAGCUUUCGUAAUCGUGCGGCCACGGUCAAGACUCUCUAGGUAGAAUAUUCCAGUCACAAUUUUGCUAUAAGACUUACUUCGGCCAAAUUUUAACUCUUGUAGAUUUUCUUCUUAACACAUUGUACAGGGUGUUUGGGUGUGCUAUUCAGGCCAGUGUUUUUUAUUAGCUAGCUACUUGUUUUUCUAGUGAGGAUAGAGGUACGAGGUAAAAAUAGGUAACAGUAAAUUGUUUUGAAUACUGAUGCACAAAACUUUGCGGAUGAAUUUAUUAACAUCACGACGUCGGGUAGUUAACGUCAAGAUAGUAGGUAGAGAGCACCCUGUAUAUUUUUUUUUAUAAAAAAGUUUUAAAAAAAUUCCCAAGGAAUGUUAUUUUAGCUUAAUUAAUUUGUAUCAGACUGACAUGUGCCUAUUUGAACGUAUGUUGUACUUAAAAUUUAUGUUGUGCAUUGUGACUGUGGUGGAACUUUUUGGCAAGCCUCCGCCGACAAAUGCGUUUAUGUAUAUUGAUAAUGAUAACAAUUGUAUUUUUAUAUGAAUUACAAUACAAUUAAAUUA